AUGGCACCCAGGACCCUCCUCCUGCUGCUUCCGGGGGCCCUGGCCCUGACCCAGACCCGGACGGGCUCCCACUUCCUGAGGUAUUUCCUCACCGCCGUGUCUCUGCCUGGACGAGCGGAGCCCCGCUUCAUCGGCGUCAGCUACGUGGACGACAUUCAGAUUAUGGGGUUCGACAGCGACACCCCGAAUCCGAGGGCGGAGCCGCGAGCGCCGUGGAUGGAGCAGUUGGGGCCAGAGUACUGGGACGGGGAGACACGGUACGCGAAAUACAUGGCACAUAUUUUCCGAGAGAACCUGCAGACUCUGCGUGGCUACUACAACCACAGCGAGGGAGGGUCUCACACCUACCAGAAUACGCAUGGCUGCGAAGUGGGGCCUGGUGGCCGCCAACUCCGCGCGUACUAUCGGGACGCCUAUGACGGCGCCGAUUACUUCGCCCUGAACGAGGACCUGCGCUCUUGGACCGCUGCGGACACCGGGGCUCAGAUCUUACAGCGCAAGUGGGAGGAGGACGGGCACGUGGAGAGCUCCAGGGCUUUCUUGGAGGCCAAGUGCGUGGACUGGCUCUGCAAAUACGUGGAGAAGGGGAAGGAGACGCUGCACCGCGCAGUGCUUUCAAAGACAAAGGUGACCUAUCACCACAUCACUGAAAGUGAGGUGACACUCAGGUGCUGGGCCCUGGGCUUCUACCCCGCGGAGAUCACCCUGACCUGGCAGCGGGACGGGGAGGACCAGACCCAGGACACAGAGCUUGUGGAGACCAGGCCAGCAGGGGAUGGGACCUUCCAGAAGUGGGCAGCUGUGGUGGUUCCCUCUGGAGAGGAGCAGAGAUACACAUGCCUUGUGCAGCACGAAGGACUGCCCGAGCCCCUCACCCUGCGACUGGAACUGCCCAGCCCCUCCAUCAUGGGAAUUGUUGCUAGCCUAGUUCUCCUUGGAUUUGUGAUCAUUGGUGCUGUGGUGGCUGGAAUUGUGAUCUGGAGGAAGAAGAGCUCAGGUAAAGAUGGGGGUGGAGUCUGA